CACAUUCCCACUUUCAUUGUCGACAUGGCGCUGGCGAGGUGGGAACACCAACCACGGAAAGAGCAAAUCUCGCAAAGACAUUAAAAGACAAGGAAAGGACCCCACUUAUUUCUUCUUUCAUACUUUAGACGCCGAACCAAGUCUGGAUAAACAGAAUUGAACAAGAUGAUGUCUGAUGCCAGUGACAUGUUGGCAGCAGCCUUGGAGCAAAUGGAUGGUAUCAUAGCAGGUUCCAAGGCUCUGGACUACUCUAAUGGCAUCUUUGAUUGUCAAUCCCCAACAUCGCCCUUCAUGGGCAGUAUGCGAGCCCUGAACUUAUUGGAGGACCUGAGGGGCGUAUUGGAGCUCAUGGACACAGAUGAGAGAGAAAGCUUGCGUUGCCAAAUCCCUGACUCUACCGCAGACAGUCUGGUGGAGUGGCUGCAGGGGCACCUGAUUGGAGGACUGCCAAGCAAAAGUCAACAUCAGUCAAAUGGACAUAUUUCAAUCACUGGUGAUGUUUACCAGGACAGACUUAAUCGUCUUGAAAAUGACAAAGAAUCCCUUGUCCUUCAGGUGAGUGUUUUGACCGAUCAAGUGGAAGCACAGGGGGAAAAGAUAAGGGACCUAGACAUAUGCCUUGAUGAACACCGUGAGAAACUAAAUGCCACUGAGGAAAUGUUACAGCAGGAACUCUUGUGCAGAUCAGCCCUGGAGACACAAAAGCUAGAGCUGAUGUCAGAGGUUUCCAACCUGAAACUGAAGUUGACUGCCUUUAAGAAGGAGAGACUUGAUUUUGACGAAAGGUUCGGAGAUAGUGAGGGUUUGAUUUUGGAGAUUAAUGAACUGAGAUAUCGCGUGUCUGAGAUGGAGAGUGAACGGUUACAGUAUGAAAAAAAACUUAAGUCCACUAAGGAGGAGCUGGUUAUGUUGAGAAGACAGCUGGAUGGCAGAGAUGGUGAGCUGAGAAGGUUGCAGGAUGAGACUGGGUCCAGAUCCCCAACGCCUGCAGGCCUAGACAGCACAGAGCGAGUUUUCCAUACUGAGGAAACAUUUAAAAAGAGGCUCAAAGAGAAACAUAUGGAAGUACAAAAGAUGAAGAAAGCAAUGGAGUCAUUGAUGGCAGCAAAUGAGGAGAAGGAUCGCAAGAUUGAAGAACUACGACAGUCACUGACACGUUAUAAGAAGGUGCAAGAGAUGGUUAUGUCUGAACAAGGGAGAAAAGAUAAGGUCAAAGAAGGAGACGGUGAUGAGAGCAAUAGUGACAGCUCCCUCUCCAUGUCCACCGCCCUCUCUAUUUCCAUGGACACAGAGAGGUCUGUGCUCACAUACACAGAGGAAGUGGCCUUGAGAGGUCAAGAUGAGGCGACUACAUUUGUUAGUACACUCCAAGUGCCAUCACUCACAGUAUCAUCCCCAGCCAAAGCAGACAGUGGUCAGGUCCUGGAACAAACACAGUCAUUAAGUGAUAAAGAGAGUCAGGAGCCGACUCUACCACAGGAGACCUCAUUACAUGACAGUUCUGAAGAGCUCACAAGGUCAGGUCACAAUAAUCUUGAUGGAAGAGCCGAUGAAAAGAGGCCAUUGGCAGUAGAACAGAGACCAGCAGAGAGCAAAGCAUUUGAUGAGUUCAACAAGAUUACAACUCUACCACCCAUAUCCCCAACCUCCUCUCAUACUGCUGAAGGUGACAGCUUUGGCACCAGGAAAGCCAGAUCUUCCUUUGGAAGGGGAUUCUUCAAGAUCAAAAGUGGCAAGAGGACUGCCAGUGCACCAAAUCUGGCUGACACUGAGCAGGAAGGCACUGACCAUCUGGAUCUAGCAGGCAUGCCGCAGAGGUCGACUCACAGUGACAGCACACACACACUCCCCAUUUCCCCAGAGGGCAAGAAAAAGUCAAAAGGAAUUAAAGCACUCUUUGGAAAGCUCAAAAGGAGUCAAUCAACCACAUUUAACCUGGAUGACAAUCUAUCUGAGAGUGAGUUUAAACGGGGAGGAGUCAGAGCCACAGCUGGUCCUAGACUGGGCUGGUCACGUGACCUGCAGAACACCAACAGUGAGUUGGAUGCGCCAUUUGCGCGCUGGUCCCGGGAGCAGGUGUGUGAUUGGAUGCAGGAUCAGGGGCUGGGGUUGUACGUGAGUCUGGCCAGGCAGUGGGUCUCCUCUGGCCAGACACUCUUGCAGGCCUCCCAGCACGAUCUGGAACGAGAGCUGGGGAUAAAACACCCUCUUCACAGGAAGAAACUCCAGCUGGCACUGCAAGCACUGGGCUCUGAAGAGGAUGACAACAAAGGCAAACUAGACUACCACUGGGUGACAAGGUGGCUUGAUGAUAUUGGUCUCCCGCAGUACAAGACUCAGUUUGAUGAGGGACGCAUAGAUGGACGAAUGCUUCACUAUAUGACAGUGGAUGACCUGUUAUCUUUGAAAGUGGGAAGUGUUCUCCAUCACCUCAGUAUUAAGAGAGCCAUCCAGGUGUUACGGCUCAACAACUACGACCCCAACUGUCUGCGGCGAAGACCUUCAGAUGAGAACAAUGCAAGUCCAGCUGAGAUCUCUCAAUGGACUAACCACCGUGUGAUGGAGUGGCUGCGGUCCGUGGACCUGGCUGAGUAUGCGCCCAACCUUAGGGGCAGUGGAGUUCACGGUGGGCUGAUGGUGCUGGAACCUCGCUUUAAUGUGGAGACAAUGGCUCUACUGCUAAAUAUCCCUCCCAAUAAGACUCUGCUGCGGCGGCAUCUGGCCACUCACUUUAACCUGCUGGUGGGUUCUGAGGCACAGCAGCUCAAACAAGAGUGUCUAGAGAACCCAGAUUACACUAUACUCACUGCCACAGCUAAAGUCAAGCCCCAUAAACUGGCAUUUGGCGGGUUUGGAAGGAAAAAAAGGCAAGAGGACAAUGAAGAGUAUGUCUGUCCCAUGGACGUAGAGAUGCCUAAAGGGCGAAGCUUCCAGAAGGGCUACAGAGGCAUGGAGCUCCAGAUCUAUGAUGAUGACCUAGAUCGAUUUGAUCAGAUGGAGGACUCCGAAGGGACUGUGAGGCAGAUUGGAGCUUUCUCUGAGGGCAUCAACAACUUAACGAGUAUGCUAAAGGAGGACGAGUUCUUUAGGGGGAUGUCCACGUCGUUCCCCAAUGCCAGUGUGAAAGAUGAUGACUCCAAUGUGUGAGGGCACUGCAGGGCCAGUCUAGCCCCUAGUGCUGCUGCUUUAAUCGGAAGUGACUGCCAAUUCCGCUGCCAACACCUCCACACACACAAUCACACACACCUCUUUCUCAGAAUGCCAAAUAUAUCAAUCAGAACCACUCGUGGCAAUGCAUCAAAACUCACACAUUUAAAGUAUGUCACAUUUCAUUGCCUUUUAUUUUAGUACAUUUUAAAAAAUAAUUAUUUUAAUUGUGUGCAUAUGAAAGUUGUUAAUGUCUCCCGAAGGUAGAUGGAAGAAUAUCUGUCCCGUUUUUUAACAGAUUAUUAGUGGAUAUAGUUGUUUUGUGAACCAAUAUGUUAUGAUUUCUUACAGAAAUGAAUGGCAGUCUCACUUUCGUUUGCUGGUCAUUGGAGACAUAUGCAUUUUUUAUCAUCAGUCAACCUAAAACAAAUUUUUGCCUCAGUCUUAAUGAUGGCAAAAGAGCACAAUGACACUUUCAGUCAAAAUCAAAGAUAUAUUUUAUUAAAUAAAUAAAGUUGUACACUGCCAAUAAUGAAUAUGUUAUAUACUCAAAUGAUCCAGGUGCAUUCCCAAGCAUGAUUACACUAAUGUUCUAACUGUUUGUGUGUGUGUGUUUGUGUUUUUGAUUUUUACUUCUUUUUUUUUUUUUUAUCUUGGUUUAUUAAGACAAUACACUCUUUGAUAUGCCAUAUGCAUCCAAAACUCUGUACAUUGUUUUUUACACCCAGUUUGUAGAAGUUUGCAUUUGCAUGUUAUUUAAGUCUAAUUUGGACAAAUAUUAGCAAAAUAUUGUGCAUUACUGGAUGAAAAUUAAUUGUGAAUUAUUUUGACAUUGCUGCAGUACUUAAAGGAUAGCAAUUAUGUUCUUUAUGGAACUGCCAUCAUUUAGCAUGAAUAUUUAAAGCAAUACUGGCAUGUGCACAAAAUUGGUAAGCGACUGAAAAAUAUAUUUUAAAAAAUAUUUUGCCACUCAUAACCAUUUCAGAGUUGCAUGUCUUCAUUUUGUUGACUUUUAUUCAUUUUUAAUAGGUGAAUAAAAUACUGAACUAUAAAGUACUGAAAAGGCAUGCAGCUUCUGUUUUUGUCUGUAUACUGGUGUCAGUCACACAAAUAAUAUUCCAAAACCAACUUCAGUGGAGCAACACUGGUGUUAUUUAUGAGUUUGCUCCUCCCACUGAACUCUCACAGCUCAAUGGGGCAUAAAAAAACAAUUCUGUAGUACAUCUAAUAUGCGGUUUAGUAUGACAAAGAAACUAAAUCUUACAGCAUGUAAUAUAAAACAGAUAAAUAGGGCUGAAGUUUCCUCGAGUGCACUUUAAAUACACACCCGUCAAAUACCAUAGAUGCCAUUACAAGAAAUAUGGUAACUUGGUAAAUAGACACCGUUUAUUAAUAAAUAAUAAAAGAUACAGCCAGUAUUAUUUAUGGCUGGAUCCUGACAUCUAGAUGAACAACGCCAUCUUCCGGACAGUAUCUGUUGCAUAAUGUACUGAAUUGCAAACUCUUAUUCUCUCCCUUUUUAAUAGAGGAUUAUCAUUUGUCCCGACAAUAAUUUCAUUAUCAUUCGUCCAAUAUUAAACUUUGGAUUAGACUUGUUUUCAAGUUGUUAGAAAUAAACAGGUGAAAUGAAUAAGUCCUCGAGUGUUUGUGUUACUGUCUUCUGUUGUCUUCCUCCAGGGGGCGCAUGAGGGGUUCAAAGCCAAAUCUUCAACUGAACUGCAUUCAUAUCUCAGAACAUGUUUUGUCUUAUUGGAGGGAUUUGUACACUAAAAAUUAUCAUAUUUUUUAUAUAUUAAUUUCAGGGCUUCUGACAUAGGAAUGGAAAAAAUGUACCGUAAUUGCUGCAAAAUUGUUAAAUAAAUGCAUUUUAUCCAUUAA